AGAGCGACACGGUCCCAGGAGAAAAGUUCCCCGCCACUACGCGCGAUACGACGAUUUUUUACGGAUCGCCGCGACUACUGCGCUUGUGUUGUGUGAUCGCGACAAUUUGUCGCCGUUAAAAGAAUUCCGUGACAUCAGUAGUCGCGUUCUGUCGGUGGCAAAAACAGGACUCGUUCGGGACUAAGCUCUGACCGCAGGGCCCCCUCCCACCACCCCACUCCGCUCCACCCACUGGGCAGACUCGCAAAAAUCAGGCCGCCAGAAAGAAGCGCACGAGGAAGGCGACCGCAAUUAUCACCUGGUGCUCGACGUUUCGAACCGCUUCCGAAUUUCUCGCGCUGCUGGCCACGUGGCCCUUCUCUGUGACAAGUGUGACUUGACGUGCGGGUGUGCAGGAAGCCAUGCUUCCUUUGGCGACGACUCAGUGAGUGCAGCAGGGACUGGUACAAGCCAUGUCCCAGUUUGGCUUCCGAACAUCUCCGAAUACUCAGAGCGUAGUAUCUUCGGGCCCUGGUCAGUCGUCCUCUCCCCCAACAAGUAUGGCAGUUACAUCUUCAGCACCAGCGGGCAGCCCCCCAACUCCAUCUCAGAGGUGUUGCGAUACCGGAAGGCCCAUUUUUACCGAUCCGAUCACAGGUCAGAGUGUUUGCUCAUGCCAAUACGAACUAUUAGGUUAUCAAAGGCUCGCAGGAGCAGGUGUUCCUGGACUUCCCGCGCUUUCCAUGUACAGCGCCCCCUAUCCCGAAGGGAUGGCGGCGUAUUUUCCCGCCCUUGGAGCUGAUCAGGCGCCGUUUUAUACGUCGACGGCUGCCGGUUUGGACCUGAAAGAAAAUUUAGCGGCCGGCGCAGCUGGAUGGCCCUACCCCUCCGUUUAUCACCCCUACGAUACGGCCUUCGCAGGAUAUCCAUUUAAUGGAUAUGGAAUGGAUCUCAAUGGCGCUCGAAGAAAAAACGCUACUCGUGAAACGACCAGUACUUUGAAAGCUUGGCUUAAUGAGCACAAGAAGAACCCCUAUCCGACCAAAGGAGAAAAGAUCAUGUUGGCGAUCAUUACGAAGAUGACUCUGACUCAAGUAUCCACUUGGUUCGCUAAUGCUAGGCGAAGACUCAAGAAGGAGAACAAAAUGACGUGGGAACCAAGAAAUCGAGUGGAAGAUGACGACAAUAACAAUGAUGAUGAUGACCAAGACCAUAAGAGUACUGAUGGAAAAGAUAUACUAGAUUCCAAAGAUUCUGGCACCGCCUCCAGUGAAGACGGCGACCGACCGCCCCACUCCCGCUUGGCCGCAGACACCGCCAGCGAAUGGAGCGAAUCUCGUCACGACAGCGGACCAGAUAGUCCAGAGAUCUAUGACAGACCACCACACCCUGCCUUUCUUCCUCCGAGGUCAUCAGGAUCACCCCCUCACCUCUCCGCUUCGGUCACCACCAAGCCUAGGAUCUGGUCGCUGGCAGAUAUGGCCAGCAAGGAAAGCGAUGGUCCUCCACACACUACUGCCUCCUCCCUGUACUCCACAGCAGCAGGUAGACUGGUGCCCCCUCUAGGGGCUCGACUGCCUCCUCCUGGGCUGCAUACAGCGCCUUACGCUAGGCCCCACGACUUCUACAGGAGCCUAUACAGUCCAGCCGCGGCUGCUCAGCAUCUCGUAGCCGCCAGUGGGGGUUCCCCUGACUCGUUGCUGGAGUCCUACCAAAGAACCAUAGGCGCUAACCUCAUAGCGGCUCAGAACGCUAGCAUUGCGCAUUCGUCACCAAGUACUAUCAAUUCAGUGUUUACCAAAGCGAGCUUGGCUGCUGCGACGAGCUCCAGUAGCGCGAUGGGGCUUCCGCUGGGGCUGACGACCUCUUCGAGGAUGUCGCCCAGCUCCACUUCUUCCUUGUCGUCUGGGUCGGAGACCCCUAUCAAGCCUGUGGCCCUAAACAAGGCUUGACCGUCUCUGGCGAUGGCCUCUUUGUGGCCCUGAUCUACCUCUACUGAUGUGCAAAAGCAAUGUGGACAAUAGUAGUAUGUUGUACAGUAAAUGUGAUAUAUGACCUUUCGUUCCUUAGUUUUCGACGCCAGGACGUUUCUGCAUUGUAAAUAUCUCCAGACUGUAACCGUGCAGCAGUAUAAAAUUUGUAUCUAUGUAUGUACUUAGUGUAGAGCUGUAAGUAACAUAUUUGUUAUUAUACUGUGUAAUAAAAUGUAAUAAGAUUAAUGAUAUACACGGAAAAUUUACAUAUUCGAGGAUUUAGCGUUCAUUGUACUGGAGUUGCAACAGAUACAGACAGACACGUUUGUUUUCGUCAGACAUAUCUAUUUAAAUAUUUCCACCCUACUGAGUCGUCUGUUGACUCUGCAAUAAAGUGAAUCGUUCAUUAUUUA